UUUGUUUAAAAUUUUUUUAGUUUGAUACAUCCAGUAAAAAUGCUCUGUGGCAUGUUGGCAAUAUUGGCAACAUUUGGUCUUUUCUACUAUAUUACAAAUACAAAAAGAACUGCAACUCGUUUCAAGCGUGAUCAUCCUCUUAUCAGUGUUGGAAUAAUCUUUUCAGGAGGUUAUUUCAUUGUUUAUAUGCUUGGAUCUGUUAUUGUUUUCCUGUUUGGUAUUCUUCUUCCUGUUGUCAUUAUUUACUUCCAUGCUUCAAUGAGAUUAAGAAACAUGAAAAAUAAGCUCACUAAUAAGAUUGAGACCAUUGGAUUAAAGAGAACACCGAUGGGGCUGUUUCUUGAAGCUCUGGGACAAGAACAUGAGAUGAUGCACAAGAUUCUUAAUUUGAAAUUUCAAAAAAUUACAAAUAGCUGAUGAUGAUAAUCAAGUUUUCAGUUUAAGCUACUGUAUAUUUUAAAUAGUUAUUUGUAUUGGCAACUAAUAUUGUUAUUCAUAUUAAAUAUUUGAUUUAUAUUUUAGAUUGAACUUAUCAAAUCUUGAUAUAUUAUUUCUUCAUAUAAUUGUAUUCCUAUUAAUAAUUGUGAUAUGUAAGUACUGCUAAUUUAAUGCAGUUAUUAAAAGAUGCCAUUUACUCUGCGUAUAGUGGCUCGUUAAGUUGGUUGCUUUUACGACAAGAUGUAAUCUGACAAUGUUCUAUUGUGCAAAUAAAAUAGAUAAAUUACUGCACUUUAUAUAAAAAAAAAGCAUCAA